AAUUGUAAGAGUCCUUAUAUUCUUCAUCUUUCAGAGACGAUGUCAGUUUCCAGGAGUUCUGCUUGCAAGUAAUUUUUGAAUGUAUCAGCAAUGAUAGGCCAGCUCUUCUGCAGAUUUACCUCUCACUGUACACAACAGUUGCAUCGAUGUGGGAGCAGGUGAAAAGUGGCUGCGUUGUUUUUCAUGACUUAUCUUUUCUACACAGUUUGAAGCUUGCAUUAGCCUAUAAUGAAGCUUCGAACAGUGGUAGACUGUCUAGUCCACGAGGAGGCAUAAUACAGUCUACUUUUUUGGAAUCAAUCAAGAAGCAUGUAGAAGAAAUUCUUAAAAGUUCCUUAGGGUUGAAAGAUUGUUUGAUCAACUAUAUAAACUUGGAUAAUUGGACUCAUAACCUGUCUGGGUUUCCUCAACGGGAAGCCAUUCUAUUUUGUUGGUAUCUUCAAUGGUAUUCUGUACCACCACCUCAUGUAGUCAAGGAAGCAGUGCAGAAGAUCAAGGCAAAGGUUCCAACCUCCUCAUCCAUGGUUCCUCUGCUUCGAUUAUUGUUGCCUGAUACUCAUAUCAGAGCAAUUUCUGAAAUUGAUGAGCUCCUGCUAUCAAGUGGCUGAAAAUAAAUCGACCGUGAGUGGUGCAGGGACAGAAUUUUGAAUCACCAUGAUCUGCAUUUGGUCUGUCUGGACAGCUGAACGUUGCUGCUUCUAAUCUUGACUAUCACUGAAUCGUGGCUAUUGGAACGUUUGACAUUAUAUAGGGUGCAAGAACAUGCGGCAAUGAAGAAAAUAUAUUUCUUUCCAUUUGCUUGGUCAUCAUAAUCAACCAUUAUAGCCACGUCUUGGUUUACUCGGUUUCAUGUUAUUGAGCCGCUGAACUAGGGUUUUUUUUUUUUUU